GCCCGCCCACCUGCCACCACCUGUUCCCUCCUUCAGCUCUCUGCUAUAAAUUCUCCUCCCUCCAAGACUCAUCCCGCACUCUCCGACAGCUACUGCGCUAAAAGCGCUCCUUCCCUGAGCUUCGGGAAAGAGUUCAUCUUCCUGCAAAGGAGUCUCAGGCUUUCCCAGAGGACUUGAAAGGCCUUCCUCGAACCAGCUACACCAAACUCUGCUGCAGAAGGUUUCCUUCUCUUUUUCAACUUCACGUUGAGAAAAUGACUUUCUCUUGAGCAUCUCAAUUUCCCCUAAAUUUGGGCAAGUGAAGAGAUAUCAGCCUGGUCAUCCAGUAGGACAGAAGGCCGAGUCCCGCACUCCGCCCUGUAAACUAUUUGAUUGCACGUGAGUUGCUUUGUUUAUGACUUAUUUGCUCAGAAGAGCCACGUUGGGAAGCGGCUCGAGAAACCAGCCCACGCGCAGGUCCUGAGCGGGCGUGCGUGCGAGGUUGGCGCCUCGCUGCUUGGCGCCAGGGAUGAAGUCCUGCAAACCCGGCGGCCCGCCGGCGGGAGCGCGCGUUGCACCCCCGUGCGCGGGCGGCGCCGAGUGCGCGGGCACGUGCUCCGGGGCCGGGCGGCUGGAGAGCGCGGCGCGCAGGCGCCUGGCGGCCAACGCGCGCGAGCGCCGCCGCAUGCAGGGGCUCAACACGGCCUUCGACCGCUUACGGAGGGUGGUUCCCCAGUGGGGCCAGGAUAAAAAGCUGUCCAAGUACGAGACCCUGCAGAUGGCGCUGAGCUACAUCAUGGCUCUGACCCGGAUCCUGGCCGAGGCCGAGCGAUUCGGCUCGGAGCGGGACUGGGUGGGUCUCCACUGUGAGCACUUCAGCCGCGACCACUACCUCCAGUUCCCGGGCGCGAAGCUGCCUGGCGAGAGCGAGCUGUACAGCCAUAGACUCUUCGGCUUCCAGCCCGAGCCCUUCCAGAUGGCCACCUAGGGCGCGCGCCUCCGCGGCGGUGGAUGCCCGGCAGCCGCUCCGAGCCGCGGCCCUGCCCCAAGUAGCCCAGAAGCCUCCGGCAGCCCCGGAUUCUAAGAAUGCGUUCCUCGAGGAAAAUCAGUCAAUUCUCAGAUUACCUUUAUUUGCAUCAUCAGACCUAUGGACGCAAUAAUUUAAUUGCCUUUCUUUUCCCCUCCUUCUAUUUUGUAGAUUUCAUUAAUGGAUCUUGUGAAUGGGUUGAUUGCUGUGGAAAUAAUGCCCCCUUUCCCCUUUUCUGGGCUACUCUGAGGGAAAACAAUCUUAGGAAAAAAAAUAGGAUUAGGCUAUUCUGUUCCAGUCCUCAGAGAAAUAAUCACUUUCUUAAACUUUGUGAGUUUGUCCUGUUCAGGUGAAGUUACGGUAUCCAUUACUUGUGUUUGCUCACAAUAGAGCUACCUUCCUGUUGUGUAAAUGCGUUUUUGCUUUAGUGCAUUGUGUGUGCAUGCAUGAAGUAGAAACACUUUUUUUUUUCGGGGUACAGUACAUGGGUAUCGGUGCUCUGUAUUUUUUUAAACUGUGUACACAUUAUUAUAGAUUUUAUAAAAUAUAAAUAAAAACGUGGAUUUGUUUUUCAUGCUAACUACCUUGCCAGUUUCCUGAUGGCGCUAAAGAACUCUUUGGAGGUGAUGAUAUAGAAUGCUUCCCUGAGCAAAGAUGUGGAAUGUUUAAACCUAAUAUGACCAAUAAACAAAUGUGCUGCUCUGUAGUACUUCCUCAAAAAGCUGAUGAGAGUACAUGUAAUUAAUUUGAACAUUUUCUCUGUCAACUUGUAAAUUUUUUGUUGAUUUUUUAAAA